GUGACUGCGCCUCUGGGUAACAUAGAAAAAACAUGACUGUUAUUUGCUUAUGAAAUUAGCUGAUGUGGCAAAACUUGAAGUUACUUGGAUGCUGUUUUUGGGUGUUGAGAUUAUCUCGGCCUCUACCUGCUGGAUAAGUUCGGUACCACAAUCACCACACGGCGCCAUAUUAGAUAGACAUUAUAUUGCUGCAGACGAAGUCAAGGAAGGGGAUCAGUACUCCAGAUGACAAGGGUACUCAGGCCGCUGUAGUCAGUUCGCAAAACCCUCGAGGCAACUGCUAUAUGGUUUACAACAAAUAAUAGUGUCAAACAUCUCGGGCAGCGUAGUCCGAGGCGUCUUGUUUUCGUCGUUGUUUCGCUAAGUUGCCGGCAGACAUGACUACCUUGGUUCAGCGGAAUUCGGGCCUCGUGCAGAGGCGGACCGAAGCCUCGCGCAACGCCGCUGACAAAGACCGUCCGUCCGGCGAGGAGGACCAUGAGCCCCGGCGGGGAGACGAGCAGGACGAUGAUGAUACCGGAGACUCCAAAGAAACACGUCUCACCUUGAUGGAAGAAGUGCUGUUGUUGGGACUGAAGGACCGAGAGGGCUACACCUCCUUCUGGAAUGACUGCAUUUCAUCAGGUUUGCGUGGUUGCAUGCUGAUUGAACUGGCCCUGCGAGGACGUCUUCAACUGGAGGCUUGUGGCAUGAGGAGGAAAGGUCUGCUGGCCAGGAAGGUGAUUUGUAAGUCAGAUGCUCCAACAGGUGACGUGCUCCUGGAUGAAGCACUAAAACACAUCAAAGAUACCCAACCACCAGAGACCGUGCAGAGCUGGAUCGAACUGCUCAGUGGAGAGACGUGGAACCCCCUGAAGCUUCAUUAUCAACUGCGGAACGUUCGUGAACGGCUGGCCAAAAACUUGGUGGAAAAAGGCGUCCUCACCACUGAGAAGCAGAACUUCCUGCUUUUUGACAUGACCACGCAUCCUCUGACUAACAACAACAUCAAGCAGCGCCUCAUCAAGAAGGUCCAGGAAGCUGUCCUGGACAAGUGGGUGAACGACCCCCAUCGAAUGGACAAGAGGCUGCUUGCGCUCAUCUUCUUAGCCCAUUCCUCUGAUGUCCUGGAAAAUGCCUUUGCACCGCUGCUAGACGACCAAUACGACCUGGCCAUGAAGAGAGUGCGGCAGUUGCUGGAACUGGAGCCUGAGGGGGAGAGCAUGAAGGCCAACGCCAAUGAGCUGUUAUGGGCUGUGGUGGCCGCCUUCACCAAAUGAGGCAACCACAAAGAGGACAGCAAGCAGUUGUGGCAUUCACGUGGCAUUGUACUUUGGGGUAGGAAUCAGAGUACUGACCCCAACAUGGUGACUUGACAGAAUUACAGUUGACCCCUUCCUGGACUAUUGGAAUGGGCUGCCCUCUCUUCUCAUCCCUCUCCCUGCUUCAUUUUCUUUUCCUUGCAGGUAACUGUCGACGUUGAUCCUUCAUGGCCCAGUCCCCUCCUCCUCCCAUAUGCCAUUUGUGUUCACUUUUGCUAAAAAAUUAACAACUCACAUGGAACUCUAAAUGAAGUGGCUGGUGAUGAUAUGGGUUAGGCCGAAAUCAAGUUGUCGAUUCAUAUCCUCCUUAUUUUCUAUUGGGUAUAUCUGUGGAACUGUUUCUUAGAGGUACGAUAUGUAUGGCACAGGUUACUCAUGGUAGCAUCCUGAUACACCUGAGAAUAAAAUAACGAGCUGUGACGUACAUGUACAAAUCCAUGUACAGGGCAGUAAUGCUGUGAAGGAAAGAAAGAUUAGCUGAUACUCCUGUCAAGUCUUUAACUGGAUAUCUUCUACGAAAUGUGAUUGAAAUGUAUGGAUAUGAUGUAUUUGGUGUCUCAGCAUUCUUUGACUUUGAAAUUAAGUACUGGGAGAAAACUACUGUGGUCAGAUCUGAGAGUCUGAGUCCACUACCUAGUACUGAGUGUACUCAGUUGAUGCCUCUUAAUCCAUCCAUUAUAUAUACCUGCUUGUCCUGUGCAGGGAUGCACGGGGCUGGAGACUGUCCCAGCUCACACUGGCUGAGGGGAAGGGUACACCCUGGACACAUCGCCAGUAUACCAUAGGGCUGACACAUGGAGACAGACAAGUCCACCUGCAGGCAAUUGAGUUUCCAGUUCACCUGACCUGCAUGUUUUUGGACUGUGGGGAGGGGGUGGGGGGACCCAGUGCAGGCACUUGGAGAAAAUUCCAACUCCACACAACUGCCUGUUGGAUUCAAACUGAAGAUUUGCUUGGUGUGAAGCAACAGCGCUUUCCACUGAGCCACCGUGCCGCCCUACAUUCCAUUCCUUCUGGUCAAAAGAUGUGUGGAAGAUCAUUCGUUUGUCAACAGGACAAUAAGCCUGCACAUGCAUGGACACUUGCAGUCCCAGGAAUAUGGAACGCUGACUUGGGUAACUUAUCAGUUACUUUGACCACAGCCCCAUUGAAUAUUUCUUUAAAAAUGAAAAGCCAAAUUAUGGAGAACAUCAUUAGACAGACUCGUUUAGGGCAUUCGGUAAAAAACGUGCUGGAAUAAUACAAACUCCGAAGUUCUGCAAACAUGUAGAAUUGAUGGGGUGUAUGAUAAUGGAAGAAAAAAUAAAAAUACUAAUAUUUAAUGAACCUUUCUGUCAUAAGUGAAAAUAGGUCAUACAGUUUUAAAUGUCCUCCGGCUAAUAGUUUUUUGUUUGUUUGUUUGUUUUUAAUUUGCAAUGAAACAUGGAUUUGGUGGAGGACUUGGAUUGUAUGUCAUCUAGAGACACUAAAAACGUGUGCAUGUCUAAUAUAAACCAGGUUACAUUCAGGAUUCGAGUAUGUAAUAUUUGACAGGUAACACAUCUUAGUCUGGGUCCAAUUUCAUCUCCUUGAUAAAACAAAUGGCUCUAAAAUUGUGUAGGCUAAUUUAUGGGAUUUGGUAGCAUCAGCUAACACAGCUUUUAACUGUGUGAGCUGAUACUUACUGGGGCUUAAAAAAAAAGAAUAGAUAUUUUAUGGGCAGAAACAAACUCAGGAAAGUAGACCUAAUCAGUGCCAGCUACCUUUGUUGGCAAAAUUCAAAUAGACAUUUUGUUUUCACUUAUUAGUGAAUUUAAAUAUAAUCAAAAAUGAAGUAAUCAACAGGUCUUGGUGCAGAAAAAAUGCAUUUAGGAUGAUCUUCUCCUCAUCUUUUGAGUUUCUGUAUUCUACCUGGUCUUGAUUUAAAAAAACAAAAAAAAACACCUUUAAGUCUUUGACUCAAGACAUUUUGUGAAAAACUUGCUUAUGAAUGUGAAGAUGAAUGUGAAUUUCAACUCUUCUCCAAUACAGGGAGAGGUCAAGUGCAUGUGAAGUCCCUUUAAAACAGACUGGAUCACACACAAAGUGCUACCACAGCUCCUUCAAAGAUAGAAUUAAAGGGAAACUUUGAUAUUUUUAACCUGGACCCUAUUUUCCCCUGUUUUGGAUCUAAGUGACUCAUACCCCUUUUCCACUAAAGUUAGGGCAUGUACGCAGGCUUUUUAAACAUGGGCCAAUUUGCUAAAAAUAGGCUGUAGACUCUUCUGCCAUUGCUAGUAGACAGAUGAAUAUGCCUCUCUGUGCAUAUUUUUAUUUUACUGGUGUGUCACGAUUAAUGUUACUGACAAGCUAUUAAUUAGUAGAAAGCAGCAUGGAGGCAUGUGAGACCUUUAUGGUGGUUACUUCCGUUUAUAUAUCUCUUACUUACGCAUUCUCUCUUUCAAACUCAGUGCAGACUAAUUUGGAUCAAUGUUUGAUUGCUGCAGAGACCACCGGUAUUUUGUGGUGGCGUGUUAUUGCAUCUUUCCAGUUAAUGGGGGUGGGAAUCACCAGAGGCCCCAUGAUUCGAUGUUAUUAUGAUACGUAAGUCAUGAUACAAUAUUAUUGUGAUAGUAAACAUGCUGCAGUAUGCUGAGUUUUGUGAUUAAAGUAAAUGUUAAUAAUAACAAUAUUUUUAACUGUAAGUUAUGUCCCCAAAGAAAAACUUUGUCAACAUCUGCAUUAUCCAGUAAGAUAAAGUUUUUAGUCUGUUCAUCUCACUUCAGUAAUUUUUAUUGCAGCAAAAUGUUUGUAACAGACUUAGAAAGCAAUUGAUUAUAUUAUUCUCGAGAGCUAACAAAAGUUUGAUUUGUAUUUGUUGAAUAUUAAUCAUUUAUGUAAUAAAAAAUUGAUAGUUGGAGUCCGUUUAACAAUACCGUAUUGCCACACAAAAAAAAUCACACUAUGGCGUAUCAGAUUGUUGCUCUAAGUUUAUCAGUGUAAGUACAGAAAGUGUAGCUUAGUGUUGUCUAAAAAGAACGUGACUUCUCCUUUAGUGCAGUUCAGUUACAUACACUAACGAACAGACUGGAUCACUGAAAGACAAAGAAAAUUCAAUUCAAUUUUCAAUUCAAUUUUAUUUAUAAAGCCCAAUAUCACAAAUCACAAUUUGCCUCACAGGGCUUUACAGCAUACGACAUCCCUCUGUCCUUAUGACCCUCGCAGCGGAUAAGGAAAAACUCCCCAAAAAAAAACAUUUUACUUAUCUGUAGUGUCCUGUCUAAGAUCUUGUCACACACUUCUAAUAAUCGUCUGAGCCUGUCAGCGGCAAAAACAAGCACUUUAGGGAUGCGUGAUAACAUCGACACGUCAUCGGUAUUGGCUGAUACUGGCUGUAAAAUGAAAUAUCGAAAUCGGCUGAUGUGCUUUUUUUUAUUUUGCAUACAUUGAAAAGCAUUUUAUUUUAUGUCUCUAUCUGCUGGUGGGCCAUCAUGAUAAGAGUAUGCAUGCAUAAUACGAUGUUAAUUCCACUGCAGAAGAGACUUGAUCACUAAAAUUAGGUUGGAGAAAAAAAAGUGGAUAUAUCGAUAUCUGUAUUGGGUAUCAAUCAAAUAAGUUGGUAUGUAUCUGCAUAUCGGAUAAAGGCAAACAAUCCAGUAUCAUUCCUUCCUUCUUUAAAUUAAGUCAAUUGAUGGUGCACAGUUUCCACAGGGAUUACAUUAAAGCCUGUUUUGCUACUGCUGCGGCGGCUUGAGCGAUCUUGCCCAGUACUGGACCAAUUUUAAAAACGGUUCAUUAGUCAUGUAGACCCCAAAGCAUGAAAAAGUAGGGUCCAAAUUAAAAAAUACCAAAGUGUCUUUAAGUCUUGCAAUUUCCCAAACUCUCAUUUACAUGAUUUGAUGUCUUGUCUGUGCUUCCGUUAAUGUUUUUAUUGAACGUAAGAGCCAUUUCCUGACCAGAACCUGCUGUGUGCAUUGACAAACAGCAUCCCAAAAGUUCUGUUUUCAGUGUUGAGGUUAGAGCCCUGUAUCAAUUAAUGUCAACAAACCCAAUGCUUGACCAGAUAACACACCAUAUCUAGUAUGUAAAUCAGGCUUCUUCAGAGUUGUUUUAAGUGUAUUUUUUCACUUAAUGGAGCUAGGCAAGCAGUUUCAUCUGCCUCCAGUCUUUGUUAAACCUGGCUUAACAUAUUCCAGACCAGACCUUGAGUGCACAGAGCUGAAAUAGAUAUUGAUCUUCUCAUGUGAGCGUGGGCUUAGUGGCAAACAAGUGCAUUUCCUGAACUGUCAGCGAUGCUUAAAUGUUCAGUUUUUCUUUGCAGUUACUUGCGAAUGCUUUCAAAAUAAAUCCACUGUAUUUACUAAACUUUUAAAAAA